AUGUCUUCAGACUCUGAGAUGGCCAUCUUUGGGGAGGCAGCUCCUUACCUCCGMAAGUCAGAAAAGGAGAGAAUCGAGGCCCAGAACAAGCCCUUYGAUGCCAAAUCAUCAGUAUUUGUGGUGCAUGCCAAAGAAUCCUUUGUGAAAGGGACAAUCCAGAGCAGGGAAGGAGGAAAGGUCACUGUGAAGUCUGAAUCAGGAGAAACUCUGACCGUGAAGGAAGACCAAGUCUUCUCCAUGAACCCUCCCAAGUAUGACAAAAUCGAGGACAUGGCCAUGAUGACCCACCUCCAUGAGCCCGCUGUGCUGUAUAACCUCAAAGAGCGUUAUGCAGCCUGGAUGAUCUACACCUACUCGGGUCUCUUCUGUGUCACUGUCAACCCCUACAAGUGGCUGCCGGUGUACAACCCGGAGGUGGUGUUGGCCUACCGAGGCAAAAAGCGCCAGGAGGCCCCUCCGCACAUCUUCUCCAUCUCUGACAACGCCUAUCAGUUCAUGUUAACUGAUCGCGAGAAUCAGUCAAUCCUGAUCACCGGAGAAUCCGGGGCAGGCAAGACUGUGAACACCAAGCGUGUCAUCCAGUACUUUGCAACAAUUGCAGCCAGCGGGGAGAAGAAGAAGGAGGAGCAGCCUGGCAAAAUGCAGGGCACGCUUGAGGAUCAAAUCAUCAGCGCCAACCCCCUGCUAGAGGCCUUUGGAAAUGCCAAGACYGUGAGGAAUGACAACUCCUCACGCUUUGGCAAAUUCAUCAGAAUCCACUUUGGAGCCACAGGGAAAUUGGCUUCUGCUGAUAUAGAAACAUAUCUGUUGGAAAAGUCCAGAGUUACUUUCCAGCUGAAGGCAGAAAGAAGCUACCACAUAUUUUAUCAGAUCAUGUCCAACAAGAAACCAGAGCUAAUUGACAUGCUCCUCAUUACUACCAACCCAUACGACUACCACUUUGUAAGCCAAGGCGAGAUCACUGUUCCCAGUAUUAAUGACCAGGAGGAGCUGAUGGCUACAGAUAGUGCCAUUGACAUCCUGGGCUUCACUGCUGAUGAAAAGACCGCCAUCUACAAGCUGACRGGGGCUGUCAUGCACUACGGGAACUUGAAGUUCAAGCAGAAACAACGAGAGGAGCAGGCAGAGCCAGAUGGCACAGAAG